UUGGCCCGGAGCCGCCCUGCCGGAGCGGCGCACCGCGGACUUCCCUGCUCCCGCGGCGCCCGGCGGCGCAGAGGCCGCCAUGGGCUGUGCGCGCUGGCUGGCGCUGGGCGGCCUCCUGGCCCUGCUGGGGCUGCUGCAGGCCCGGCUGCUGCUCCCGCAGCAAGCGGGCUUCGGCGAGUGCGACCGUUUUUUCUACGCGGGGACCCCGCCCGCCGGGCUGGCGACCGAGGCGCACGUGAGGAUCUGUCAACGCUUCGCGGGCUCCGAGCGCUUCGCCACUCUGUACAGCCCGGGCCACCGCAUCCCCGUGUUCUCCGCGUUUCGCGCUGCGCGUCCCGCUUCCCGCAGCGCCGAGCAGCGCGGGCUGCUGGAGCCGCAGAUCGAUGACCCUGACAGCAACCUUGAGGAAGUAAUUGAAGAGGCUGACGCUGUCUCCUCCGUGAACAACCUGGGAAGCAAGCAAGCCUUGAGUGCAGACUACCUUGACUCGGACUAUGAAGUCGGACAGCUGUACCCAUUUCCCCUUAACAGUGACCUCCAGAUGUCCGCAUUCCCACUCACAAAUUCGGUUCCGAUGACCCGGUCUUUCCGGGAACGAUGGCACGUGAAUCUCAACAGCCUUAUGGACCGAGCCUUGAUCCCACAGUGCGGCGACGGCAAAGACCUGUACCUCCUCACGGGCGCCGUUCCCUCCGACCACAAAGUUAAGGGCAAAGUGACUGUCCCUGAAUUCGUCUGGCUGGCAGCCUGCUGUGCUGUCCCCGGAGGAGGCUGGGCCAUGGGCUUCAUCAAGCACACCCAGGACAAUGAUGUCAUAGAAGAUGUGAUGGUGAGGGACCUUGAGAAGCUACUUCCGCAUAAGCCUCAGCUGUUCCAGGACAACUGUGGCGAGACGGAGCAAGACACAGAGAAGAUGAAGAAGAUUCUGGAAGUGGUCAACCAAGUCCAAGAUGAGGAGCGGUCUCUGCAGUCUCAAGAGAACAUGAGUCCCCUGGCCAGCACCCGAAGCCAGAGGUCUGCCCUGCUGUCCCCAGAAGCACCACCGGAGGGAGGGGGCAGUUUUCUGGGGAAAGUCCUGGGAUUCCUCGCUACCCCAUUCAUUAAGCUUUUCCAGUUAAUUUAUUACCUCAUCACAGCGGUCUUAAGGAACGUAGCCCAUCUUCUUUGGUUUGUUGCCAAGCAGGUGAUAAACGGUGUUGCGAGUAGCCUAUACGGACUGGGCGAAGCUGUCGUCUCAUACCUCGUGGCCAUUGGACACGAGUUGGUGAGCAUCCCCUGGAAAGUGCUCAAGGUCGUGGCCAAGGUCAUCAGGGCCUUUCUCCGGAUCCUCUGCUGUGUGCUGAAGGCUGUCUGUCGAGCUCUGAGCAUCCCUCUCCGCGUCCUUGUGGAUGUAGCCACGUUCCCUGUGUAUACCGUGGGGGCCAUUCCCAUCGUGUGCAAGGACAUUGCUUUGGGCCUGGGUGGCGCCCUCUCGCUCCUCUUUGACACUGCUUUUGGCACCAUGGGUGGCCUGUUUCAGAUUGUUUUUAGUGUCUUCAAGCGGAUUGGCUGCAGGGUUACUUUAGACAGUUCUGGGGAGUUAUAGAGCUCAAAAACCUAGUAACAUCCAUUGUGGUGAAUUUUGAUUUAUUUUUUUUUUUUAAAACAGCAAGUUUCUGUUCCUUGUCAGCUACUGUGUUAUGUUCGCCUGGUGGGUGGGUGUUUUUCUGCAAAAAGAGUAUGGCUUUAGACUUGAUCUAAGAGAAAUGUUCAGGAUGGGUUUGAUGUCCUGCUCCGGUGUACUACCUGCAAGGACACAGGUCCACGUCCAUGAGUCUGGUGACGUUAGCACUGCGCUCUGACUCAGAGGGAAGAAACACCUGGCAUGACCCAGGCUUAUUAUGAAGAUUAAUAAUAAGGAGGAUGACAUUAAAUGCUGUGAGAAAUGGUAUUUUAUGCCUCCCAUUGCUCUUGGAGAUUUAAGGCAAACUAGAUCUGAAUAGCGUUGUCUAAAGUCUCUGCACCUCUAUCUCUUCCACUCCCACCCGGGAAUGGGCCAGCGACUGCUCUGUUGAAAUCCCCUCACCUCUUCUGGGGGUAGCAUCUGCUGUAGCUCAGACCUUCACCUAGGCCUCCAGGGCUUGUUUGACUUUCAUUUUCUCCCAAAGUCGAAUUUUGCUGGGUCCCGAUAAGCAUUUUAUGCCAAACGGAAUAAAAUUUGGAUCCAGCCCCAGGCGGAGCAGACCUGGUCCCUCCAGGUGUAGAGGAGGCAGCAUGAAGCAGGUGUUACGUGUCCACCGGUCCUAUUACAUCACUGGCUGACGACAUUAAAACAACGAUCUGCAUGUUAAUCUACUAGAGCUUCCUAUUUCACAGCACCUGAUCCAUCAAGCGAGUAUUCAACACCAUAAAUCGGUCUGACUUUUCUCCUGAAAACAAUUAUUUGUUAUAACUUUCUAGGUAAUAGAAAAAGCGAAACAUAUUCUGGUCCUCUUGGGUAGACGUAUAUGUAUGUACAUAUUUAAGAAUUAUCAUCUUUUAGAACAUUAUUUUUAUAGUGUGUUUGAGGCUAAAAAAAAUCAGUGCUUCAUUAAUGCAAGUUAAAUUUGGGAGCUUAUUUCCAGUUUUGAUCAAUCCCUUGCUACUUUAAAUUUUGCACUAGAAAUUGUAACAAAAGGAGCCAAACUUGCUUUGUGGGAACCAAACAUUCCCACAGAGAGAAUGAAUUGUCUAGUUUUUUUUUUCUCUUAGCGUUUCAAGGAGAAAAGGGCCAAGUGUGCACUUAACUUGGGGGGCAUGGCCCAUGGCUGUCUGGAAAUUAGUUGUAAAGACUUGGAGUCUAGAAAGGAAACACAGAGGGGGCCAUACCUCAGCUGUUCCCAGGGAGCUGGCACAGGAGAAUGUGAAUGUAGCCAGAAUUAAACUUUGCAGAAGAAGCUCUGACUAGCACCAGAGGGGACCAGCAGCCUGUAAGCUUCCAUGCAGCCGUGACUAGGAAUCUGGACAGCAGACUGGCCCGUGCUCAGGUAGAUACACACGGUUUAUCAAGACGCACAGCAGUAUUUGCCAUGAGUUUUCUAUGUCAAUGGGAAGGUGAGGGCUUACCUUGGCACUGGCGAGUCCAAACGGGCAUCCUCAGAAGUUUCCAGAGGCCAAACCCUCAUUUGUUUAGGACCCAGAGUCACAAGGCCUUGUUUGUAUUUGACCUUGUUUGCAGGGCUGGCUGGAAGGAGGUCAUGGUGGGCCACAACACCCUAUCACACAGGGGUGGGCCUCCCUGCUGUAAGUAGGAUUUGAUCACCUAUCAAAGACUCCAGGCUCUGUCUCAUCAACUGGGCAUAGCAUGGUUAACAAAAGGCCAGGUAUUCACAGAAGACAUUGUGCUGACUGCGUCUCAAUGAAGCCCCCUUUCCCUUUCAGUGAAUAUUUGCAUUCUGAGAGGCCCUAGGAGGACACCCAUAGUGCCCAAUCCCUUAUAAGGAACCACUUGGAAAUACCCACCCCCACCCCCCUCUCCCCCUCCCCCCUGCUGCCAUAUUCCAAUGUCUGGUUAUUUAUUUUUCUGUGGCUUUUUUUAGAAUAUGGGACAUAAUAAUAAAACAAAAAUAUAUCCUUCAGGUUGGAGGCCGAGACCCUUCAUUCUGGAGUUUCUUGUCGGCAGGUUUCUGGUUUACUGGAACUAGCCGUAUUUAUUUUUAAAGUCCUACCAGAUCUCUGGGCUGAUGGCCUAUUCCCAGAAGGCUACUUAGACCUCUGACGUGGGGGUUUAGGAAGCUGAACCCUGUCUUUAGCUUGGAGAUUUUGCUGUGGCUUCAUUCUGUUCUCAGGCCCUUGGGGAAGUUGGCCAACUCUGUCAUUCAUGGAGCUGUUUUCCUAGCCUGUGUCAGCCAUUUUCUCAGGCACAUCCCCCUCCCUUAGUGCCUUCCCUCCUAAUGCAAACUAGGGAACGAAAGGAACCCAAAGGAAGCAUCCUCUGUUCUUCAUACAUCCAUCUGUCCGGCAGAUGUGUGUCAAGCUUGCAGAGGUGGAAAAUCCUCCAUCUAUAAGGAGUCCCCAGUAUGAUGGGGAAAACGUACGAUACCAUCCCUGCUGUGGUGUAUCAUGGCAAGCAGCACACUGAGGAUAUACGAUCAGGAAGACGAAGGACACCUUUACAGAGGCCGAGGCAAACCAUGUUGACCAUAACUGUGUACAGUGCUGUGUACCUUGCAGAUGCUCAAUAAAGCCCUGCUGACAGCUCA